UUCUCCAGGCUCUGAACCCAGUGAUUUUUUUCUCCCCUGUUCUUUUAGUUCUCUCAACAUGCCUCAGAAAGACCCCUGCCAGAAGCAAGCCUGUGAAAUCCAGAAAUGUUUGCAAGCCAACAAUUACUUGGAAUCCAAAUGUGAAGCCGUUCUCCAGGAGAUGAGAAGAUGCUGUGGCCGGUAUCCCCCGGGCAGAUCCAUCGUUUGCUCUGGGUUUGAGUUAGAGAAAAAAGAGAAGCAGAAGCAGAAAUCGGCUUCCAAAGGAACUCACGACCCACAUGCCUAA